AUGAUCACCAUCUCCCCCAUGAGCCCCCCAGUCCUAAUAAUUGGCGCCGGCCUAGGCGGCAUCUGCCUCGCCCAAGCCCUAAGAAAAAACAACAUCCCCUUCAAACUGUUCGAACAAGACAAGCAUCACAACCUCCGAACACAAGGUUACCGUCUCAGAAUCACUGAGCACGGUGUCAACGCUCUAAAAGAGAGCCUAACACCCGACCUCUUCACCCUCUUCCAAAAAACCUGCGCCACAACAGCUGGGUUUGGCGUACACGUGAAACCAGAUGGGACGCCCAUUCCAUUCGGUCCGAGCAGCCCACCAAAACCACCGCCCGGAACGCUCUCAGGUGAAGCAUACACAGUGGAUCGAAGUACAUUCCGCGAAGCACUACUCACCGGAAUCGAAGAACAUACCUUCUUCGGAAAGGGGUUCGAGUCUUACGAGCUUUCGGACGACGGUAUCACGGCUUAUUUCCGUGAUGGGUCUGCAGUAGAAGGAUCGCUCCUCGUCGGCGCAGAUGGUGUUCACUCCAGAGUUCGGAGACAAUAUCUUCCCAAAUUUCCCAUUGUCGAUACGGGGAUGCGGAUCGUUUUCGGAAAAACACCCAUCACAGAUGAGUUCCUGGACUCUGUUCCUGAGAGUUAUCAGAUUGGGCUGAGUCUUGCUUCGGAUCCGGAUGAUAAGAUACAGCCGACGCUUUUGUGGGAGGCUAUCAGGUUUCCGUGUACGGUUGAGAAGAUAGAUUUGCCUAGUCCGUAUAUGUACUGGGUUCUUGUUUUUCAUCGCUCGCAUCUCCCGUUCUCGGACGAGAAGGGGCGUAUUGAGUCUAGCCAAGCGGCUGAUUUAGCGCGCAAGCUGACGAAGUCUUGGAUGCCUUCUGUGCGGAGUUUGAUCGAUUUUCAGGAUGAGAGUCAGUCGUCUGUUCGGUCGCUUUUGUCUGCGGAGAUUGAUAUUGGGGCUUGGAAAUCUUCAGCAAGGGUUACGCUUCUUGGGGAUGCUGUUCAUGUUAUGCCUCCGACCGGGGCUAUGGGUGCAAAUACUGCUUUGCGGGAUGCGGCUGAUUUGGCGAGACGGAUUGCUGAUGUUGGGGUUGAGAAGGUGGGUGAGGAGGUCAUUGGGGAGUAUGAAGAUAGUUUGAGAGCGUUUGCUAAGAUGGCGAUUGGUUUGAGUUGGAAGGGUGGGAUGAAGAGCUUUGGGCUUAGACCUGUUGAAGAAUGCGACAAAAUUAUCCUGUAG